UUUACAUGCCUAGAUAAAUCAGGACAGAUCCCGUUCAAUCAGGUUAACGACGACUACUGCGACUGCCCAGAUGGGUCUGACGAACCCGGUACAUCAGCCUGCCAGAAUGGAAUUUUUUACUGUCCAAAUUCUGGCUACCGACCUUCCAUAGUUCCAUCAUCUAGGGUCAACGAUGGCGUCUGUGAUUGCUGUGAUGGCUCCGAUGAAUAUAGUGGGAUAAUCAUCUGCCAGAAUAAUUGUUUAGAAAAGGAACGAAAGAUUUGUGCGCGGCUACUAGAUUUACUCAAGUUAUACACACUUACAAACACACACACACACAAACGUACACUCACACACAAACAUACAAACACACAGGCCAAGAUAGAGGAGUUGCAAGUAGAAAAGUCUAGAUUAGAGGAGGAGCAGAAAGAUCUAGAAGCCAAGAAGAAAGAAUUGGAAAUUCCAGAAGAGGAGGCUAAAAAUAGAUUCAAGUUGGCAUGGGAAGAAGGCAAAGCGCAGAGGAGAUCCGAGAGAAAGAUGGAAGAUGCUAUGAAGACAUUCCAGGCUAUUGACGCUGAUUCUGAUGGAAAAGUUUCAAUUGAAGAGAUGAGAGGUAGGAAGGAGUUUGACAUUGACUUGAAUGGCGAAGUGUCUCAUGAAGAAGCUAAGGAAUACAUGGAAGAUCACGAUUAUAUGGAGUUUGCUGGCUUCUAUGAAAAAAUUUGGAACAACAUCGAACAGCUCUUUAAGACAUCACAGCCAUCACAGUCCUCAUCACCUCCAGAAGACAUGUUCGGCGACGAUAACAACAACAACAACAACGAUGGUGAUGAUGACGAGGACGAUGAUGAGGAGGAAGAUGAUAUUGACGCAGAUAGGGAUGGCAGUGAUGACGACACGAAAGAUCAGAGAAAGGUGGAAAAACCGACAGUGGAAAAACCGGCCAGCAGCGGUUUCGACGAGGACAACGAGGAGAUGCCACCGUAUGAUGAGGAAACUCAAAAGAUGAUAGACGCUGCCGAGCAUGCGAGGUCAGAGGUCAGCCAGCUGGAGACGAAGCUGAGAGACUUGGAAAAGGAAAUUGAACAUGCGCAGAAGAUUCUGGAUUCAGACUACGGGCCCAGGAAUGAGUUCUACCCCUUAGCGGGCCAGUGUUUCGAACUGACGGACAGGGAGUACGUCUACAAAUUGUGCCCCUUUGACCGCACCACCCAGCGAAAUAAACAUGGCGGCUCCGAGACAACUUUAGGGUUGGUUGGUUGGUUGGUUAGGGGCGCUGCCAGGUAUUCCACCAUGUUUUUUGACCGCGGUCAGAAUUGUUGGAAUGGCCCUGAUAGGUCUACUAAGGUCCUAAUUGAAUGCGGUGUGACUAAUGACCUCACGUCGGCCAGCGAGCCGAACCGCUGCGAAUAUCAGUUCACUUUUAACACGCCAGCCGCCUGCAACGAGAUACCCGCCAGAAAUGAACAGAAUGGCGGGACAACGCCAAGGGUCGAGUUGUGA